CUUUGAUGAGUGAUUAACUAAAUUUUAAUCUAAAAUUGUAUAGAGAAAGACUAAGUGAUAAGUACUCAAGAAACUCAUCAAAUACAAAUAUAGGAUAAGACAAUUAAUUAAAUAGUCAAAGAAAAUCGUUUAAGAAAAAGUAAUUAUUAAUUUAAUAUUAGUGCUCCAACUCUCGACUCAAUAUCAAGUAGAUUGUAGAAUUGCAGUGGAAAUAAGAUAAAAACAGAUUCACGUGUUUGCUCUCCAAAAAACAUUUCAUCUCCUGUAACUGUUAAUGGAAUGUAAUAGAAGUAAAAAUAAAAUUUAUUUAAGAAUUAAAUCCAUAACAACUUCACCUUAAUAAUUUGUAAAUAAUAAUUUUGGACACCCUAUAAGUAGUCCUAAAUAAGUAGUUACAUAAUUUUAAGGCUUUUACUAAUCUCCAAGAGCAUAAACUGAUCGCAAUGAGAUUUAAUCAAUUAAAAGAUAUAACUCAAAUAAUGAUAUUACUGAUAUGAUACCUUUCCAUGAUUUAGUUAAUAUGAGAAAUAAACUAGAAAAUUGUGAUAUAAAUGCUGCAAAUAUAUCACCAACAUAUCUUAGCGAAAUAGUGAAAUUAGCACAUGUCAUUAAUACAUAAUUAUAGAAAAAGUGA